AGCUACAGCAGCUGUGGCUGGAGUGGCACCAGGGCCAGCCAGGAAGCCAGGAGGGGGAUGGCACCCCACAGCCUGAGGAGAUGGGAUCCCAGGCUCUGGCCACUGCCCGGACCCUCCUCCAGCAUGAGCAGGAUGCCUGGCAGAGCCUGAUAGCCAGUAUCCAGGGGCUGCCAACCAGCAUGCAGGAGCAGGUCCAGCAGGGCUGCCAGCACCUGGGGGAGCUCCAGGCUGCCUUCUCCAGCGCCCCGUCCUUCCAGGAGCUGCCUGAGGAGCUGCUGAGCCAGAGCAGGGAGAAGCUGGCCAAGGCCCAGGAGUGCCUGGAUGAUCUGCUGGAGUAUGUGAUUAAGAAGAUGCCCCUGACCUGGGUUGUGGGGCCACUUUCUCCUGCUGGAGGCUCUGCAGAGCAGGAGGAGGAGCUUGUCUCGGAGGGCAAGGUGGAGGAGCCUGCAGGGGAAGGGAAGGUGGAGCCCUGAAGAACUGAACCCCUCUUGGGUCACAUCUAGUAAAGGGGUCCUUUCUCUCUCCAAGGGAUUUGAUUCGGGCUGUGAAGGUGGGCUAGUCUAGUAAUCUUCAUUCUGAUGGGCAAGUGUCUUGCCCUCCCCAUUGAGCUGGGUAUUCACUUGGGCUUCCCAGAAAGGGCUGCCUUUCCCUGAAUGUCUCUAAUCCUGCUGUACCAACUGGCCUGUUAGCUGCCUCCUGAUUGAAGGCUUCUUCUGCUCCAAAUCCCUUGCCUGCCUUGUGCCUGUUUGGUUGCUGGCUUAGUGUUGAUCACUGUUGCAUUCACAGCCUGUCCUGAGCAUGUUCUUCCAUCAGACUGCAGGGAGGAAAGAAGUCCUCCUGAAGCAGUUUUGUAGAGGGGAUGGUUUUACCUGCUACUAGAAUAAAUGCUGCAUUUGAAAAAUGGUUCUCCUAAUUGGCUUCCAAUUUGUUGGUCCCCAGCAACUCCUGUUCCUGCAGUAUUUCCCUUU